CUACUUUUCUCGGUUAGAUUCAAUCUCUUAAAGAACUCUCUCCAAAAUUAUAUUUCCGCCAUUAAACCUUACAAGCAAUCUCCAUUUCUCUUCAUCUACUUCUUAUUUCCAUUGUCAUGAGAUUCUCCUUCUCUUGAAUCUACUCACACUUUAAGUACACAAUUAUUAGUCCUUCAGCCAACAGAUGUUCAAUAACAACGAUAAUCAUAGUAGCAUUACAUUUCCAGUUUCCGACGAAGAGUCUGAUGAGUUCACCACAAGAAUCCGACGAGUUCGACGAAAACGGAAGAAAUCGGUAAUCAACCGAUCCAACACUGAGUUAACUCGUCGUUUUGUGCGGAAAUUGACGAAGUGGUGGCCUGUUUUGCUCUUCGUUUUAGCUAUGGCAUUGUUUCUUUUUGAAGCUUCUCGGCUCAGUAAGAAGGAGAACAAGUCAAUUUCUAUUCGAAAAGGCGCGAGUUUUAUCGAUGUUGAAGAGAUUAAAUCGCCGCCUAACUUGAAUCGUCUUGAUCCUACUUAUCGUACUAUUGCUGGUGUCAAGAAACGUUGCUUGCCAAUCUUACCUGUGGAAGACCUUGAGCUUUUGGAUAUCCUUGUAUCAAAAGGUUCCAAAGGUCCUGUAAAGGAUGUGAUAUAUAUAUCAGAAGAAAACAACCCUUAUUCAGGAGAAAGUUUGACAUUUACUCAUGAGAAUAAAGAAGCUGUAAGAUUUAACUUAUUUACAGGAUACCAAUCUUUGGUUCAGAGGGAAAAGAGUUUCAAGGUGACUGAAACUCCUAUAGUGCAUUGUGGUUUCUAUAGUGAAGCCGGAGGGUUUAAGAUUUCAUCUGAAGAUAAAAAAUAUAUGCAGACUUGCAAGGUUGUUGUAUCUACUUGUGCAUUUGGUGGUGGAGAUGAUCUUUAUCAACCAAUUGGAAUGUCGAAGACUUCCCUUCAAAAGGUCUGUUAUGUGGCUUUCUGGGAUAAAAUUACACUUGCUACUCAGGAAGCACAAGGACAGAAAAUUGGUGAUGAUAAUUUUAUUGGCAAGUGGCGGAUUGUGAUUGUCAAGAAUCUCCCUUUCACAGACCAAAGACUAAAUGGUAAAAUUCCCAAGAUGUUGAGCCAUCGAUUGUUUCCAAAUGCAUUGUACUCUAUUUGGGUCGAUUCAAAGUCUCAGUUCAGGAGGGAUCCAUUGGGUGUGCUGGAAGCACUGCUUUGGCGAUCAAACUCUGUGCUUGCAAUAUCAGAGCAUGGUGCACGUAGUAGUGUGUACGAUGAAGCUAAAGCUGUUGUCAAGAAACACAAGGCAACCCCAGAAGAAGUAGAAGUGCAACUCACACAGUACCGUCUUGAUGGCCUUCCUGAAGACAAGAGAUUUAACGGAAAGAAAGCUCUAUCCGAAGCUUCCAUCAUUAUCAGAGAGCACACACCCUUGACUAAUCUCUUCAUGUGCCUUUGGUUCAAUGAAGUAGUUCGCUUUACAUCCCGGGAUCAACUGAGCUUUCCUUACAUUUUCUGGCGUCUAAACGGCCCGAUGGGUUUUAACAUGUUCCCUGUUUGCACCCGCAAAGAUCUCGUUAAUAAUAUGGGACAUAUACGCAAGGCUAAACCAUUAAUAACUUGAUUUGUACAUAGCAUUCUUUUUACAAGCUAUUCCUGGAUGCUGAUAGAAGUAGAUAGCAGAAGGAGGCCCGUCUCAAUUGCUUCCGCAAAUUGAUGAAUUGGAGUUCAAAUAUGGAAUUGGUAUAUAACCAUGGCUUUCAUUUUCGAGCUGGCAUGACAUUUUGGAGGCCCGAGCUUCAAACAUUUAAUGUACAACUCAUUCUUUCAAAAGUCGAUGGUUUUAGUAUCUGUGAAGUUGAAGAUGAGUAGGAUAACUCAGAGAUAUGUUUAGUUUUAAAUUUAAUUUGUUUAAAUUAGAAAAUGAUGUAGACUUAUAUUUUCUUUCUAUAAAAUGGAUUUGGAGAUUGAAAUUUGAUGUUAUGACGCUAUAUUGGUGUAGUCAAAUGUGUGAAAGCCACAACGUAGACAAGUAUAUCUGUCCUCGUUUUUUUGGUUAUUGCACUAAUUUGAACAACCACCUCCCUUCCCUUUGUCCUAAAUUCUUCAAGGACAAUUUUUUUUAAUUUCGUUCUAAUUAAAAGAAAAAAAAAACAAAACAAAAAAAAAACUCAU